AUUCUGAAUAUUCGUUGAAGGAGAAUUUGUGAUCUCAAAGUUAUAACGAGAAAUUAUUUCCAUUUGAUUCAAUAUCAUUUUUUUCAGUAAAAAUAAUCUAGUCCGAUAUAGUCAUGUUUUCAUCACUAACAAUUUCGACGAUAUGGCGAGCGCCCCGAAUAAAUUUGAUUGUACGAUGCCAACAACAACAACAACAACAAAAACAAUUAUCAUCAGCAACAUUUACCGUACAUCCAUAUAAAUUACAUCGAUUGGAUGAAGGUCCAUCGACCCAAGUUUCUUGUACACGUGAUCAAGCAUUACAAUAUUAUCGACAAAUGACAACCAUUCGUAGAUUGGAAGCAGCAGCAAAUGCUUUAUAUAAAGAAAAAGCUGUUCGUGGUUUCUGUCAUCUUUACACUGGUCAAGAAGCUGUCGCCGUUGGAAUGGAAACUGCUAUUACGAAAAAAGAUGCUGUCAUCACUGCUUAUAGAGCACAUGGUUGGACAUAUUUACGUGGUGUAUCACUUUUAGGUGUUUUAGCAGAAUUAACUGGUCGUCAAUCUGGUUGUGCUCGUGGUAAAGGUGGUUCAAUGCAUCUUUAUUGUGAUAGAUUCUAUGGUGGAAAUGGUAUCGUAGGUGCACAAAUACCAUUAGGUGCCGGUAUAGCAUUGGCACAAAAAUAUACAGAUUCCGGUGAAAUUACAUUGGCACUUUGUGGUGAUGGUGCAGCGAAUCAAGGUCAAGUGUUUGAAGCAUUCAAUAUGUCAGCAUUAUGGAAAUUACCGGUUAUUUUUAUUGUCGAAAAUAAUGGCUACGGUAUGGGUACAUCAGCUGAACGUGCAUCUGCAUGUCCAUUAUUCUAUACACGUGGUGAUUAUGUACCCGGUAUCUGGGUGGAUGGUAUGGAUAUAUUGGCAGUUCGUCAAGCAACCGAAUAUUUAGUAAAAAUGUGUCGUGAUGGUCAAGGACCAUUCGUUAUGGAAGCAGCAACUUAUCGUUAUUUUGGUCAUUCAGUAUCCGAUCCAGGUACAAGUUAUCGUACACGUGAUGAAGUACAAGAAGUACGUCGUUCACGUGAUCCAAUUACAAUGUUUAAAGAAAAUAUUCUACAAGCUGAACUUGUUACUAGUGAUGAAUUGAAACAAAUCGACAUUGAAAUACGUAAGGAAGUGGAUGAAGCUGCACAAAAAUCACGUGUAGAUCCGGAAUUACCUGUCGAACAUUUAUAUAAUGAUGUAUAUGUAAAUAAGAUUGGAUCCGAUAUACGUAGUACAACACCAUUUCAACAUCAUAAACAUGAAAAUACUGCUAAACCAUCAAAUAUUUCAAUCUAAAAAUGAAAAUGCUUUAUCUCAUUAUAAAUCGUUUCUAUUUUUUCAUCAUUCACAUUCUUUUCACUUAAUCUUAAUUUA